AUGGGCUCUAUUUCAUUCCAGUCGCCACCAAUCGUGAAGGCCCAGGGUCUUCCAUACUUCACCCCCGCCAAUAAUGCGGGAGAAGCCAUCAACCCUGAAGACCCUAACACUCCGACAUUGUUCCGCCCAUUGCGCAUUCGAGAUGUAACCCUCAAAAAUCGCGUGAUCGUGGCACCUAUGUGUACCUAUUCUGCAGAGUCAGAUCCAUCUUCGCCCGCUGUCGGGGCUCUAACAGACUUCCAUGUUGCUCACCUUGGCCAUUUUGCCGUUAAGGGUGUCGGUUUGAUCAUCAUCGAAGCCACUGCUGUACAAGCCAAUGGUCGUAUCUCGCCCAAUGACUCUGGCCUCUGGCAGAAAGGCGCAGACUCCGAGCAAUUCAAGGGGCUGCGCCGUAUCGUGGAUUUCGCUCACAGCCAAGGUGCCAAAAUCGGCAUCCAGUUGGCUCAUGCUGGCCGCAAAGCGAGCACAGUCUCCCCUUGGUUGGCAGCCCAGGCUAAACAGCGUGGAAUCAAAGCCGACGAGAGCGUCGGUGGCUGGCCUUCUAAUGUGGUUGGGCCCUCGGGUGGCGAGGAGCACAUCUGGGCACCAGGUGAUCAAUUCUGGGUCCCUCGAGAGAUGUCCACCAUCGAGGUGGAACAGCUGGUCCAAGACUUUGCUCGAAGUGCGCAGCUCGCUGUGAAAGCCGGCGUGGAUCUGAUUGAACUGCACGGCGCGCAUGGUUACUUGCUCCACCAAUUUAUGAGCCCUGUUACCAAUCGACGGACCGACAAAUAUGGAGGCAGCUUUGAGAACCGCAUCCGAAUUGUUGCCGAAGUGGCCACUGCUGUUCGUGGUGUGAUUCCUACUGGAAUGCCGCUGCUGCUCCGAAUUAGUGGCACUGACUGGCUGGAGAAGGCGCCUGUCUCGGCGGAGACAGGAAGCUGGGACAUGCCCUCGUCAAUCAAGCUAGCAAAAUUGCUGCCCGAUCUUGGAAUUGACUUCCUGGAUGUGAGCUCUGGUGGAAACCACAAGGACCAACGAAUUGAACCCCAUUCGAACUACCAGAUUGAUCUGGCCGGCGAAAUCCGUCGGGAGAUUCGUGCUGCUAAUCAGAAGACCUUGAUUGGCGCCGUAGGUUUCAUCACUGAAGCAGAGUCCGCCCGCAACAUUGUUCAGGGUGCAGAGGAAGAAGCUCAGGCCAACGAGCAACUGUUGUCCGCACACGAUCCCAAAGCUGACGCUGUAUUAAUGGCUCGUCAAUUCUUACGAGAGCCCGAAUGGGUGUUUACGGCAGCCAAGACCUUGGGUGUGAAAGUGUUGCUUCCAUCGCAAUUCGCUCGGGGCUUGUGA